GCCCCUCUUCCCACCACAGCUCCCCGUCAAUCCACCAAUUCAAUCUAUCAACCACAAAAAUGACCAGCACCACUCCCUUCCGCCUCCUCUCCCUCCCCGCCGAACUCCGCGAAACUAUCUAUCUCUUCUCCUUCUCAACCCGACGGCCCGACUCUCUCCAAGCCCCUGCCAUCACCCAUACAUGCCGCCUCCUACGCGCCGAAUCCCUCCCCCUCUUCUACAAAACCCAGCGCUUCGUCCUGAACCUCCUCACCCAGACUUCCAUCAACAGCAUCGUCUCCUGGCUCGGGAGUCUCUCCCACCAUGCCCUGCUGCUAAUCCGCCGCUGGACGCUCCUGGUUCGCGUUAAGUACUACCUGGUUCUGGAUCUCGACUUGGAUGUGCGCCCCCUCCAAACCCUGGCCUACAUGGGCGUCAACAUCGACCUGGACGCGACGAUUCCCGGCGGGCGGGUCCAGGAGAUCCGCACGCCUGCUGUCUUUGCGUGGAUCCACGGCGUGUACAACUCGUUCUACAUGAACCCAUUCCGCACGCCGCUGUCGCGGGCUGAGAUCGAGUGUUCUGACGCUGCGGCGAUGGGCUUCAGUGGCGUGUUCGCGGAUCUCGCUGGGCAGGUUGAAAGGCUGUGGGUGAGGAGGCGGGAUGGGGUGCUGGGUGCGGGAGACUAUGAGGAGUUGUUGAUGGGGCACAGCGGGCUGAGGAGGGUGUUGGAUGUGCAUCCGAGUUUGAGAGGAGGGGGCCAGCUGGAGGUGGAGAGGAGGAUGUGGGAGGAGAGGUUUGGGAGUAUAGCGGAGGGGUUUGUGGAAGCGGUUGGGGUGUGAAGGAGGUUUUACUGCUGAAAUGUCGUAGGAGCUCGUUGGAGGUCUAUCUGUGGGUUAUUGGUAUAAGUACGUCUUGAGUUUUGAAGUAUCUUGUUAUCUUUCUGCCAUUUUCUCUCAUUUCUAUGUAACUACCGGUGGAAGCCCGAACGACCAUAAAGCACCAGGACACAAAGUCUGGGCACAUCGUCUUUUGAUCUUUUCUCAGAAGUAUG